AGCUAGCAACACCAGCUGAAUGAGAACAGAGAGAAAGACACAAUCUACAACAUGAUACUUUCUCUCUGCCCUCACCUCUAUACCCACAUCUGGGAAGGGCUCAGCUCAGCUUUGAGAAUGGCUUCACCUCACAGUCAACUCUUUACCAGUGGACAGGACACUGCUAACGUGCCAGGAGGCCCUGAAGUCUAAGUGAGGGCCAUGGAGGGCUCUGUGCUGAGUCCUACAUCCUGGGAGAAACGGCGGGCCUGGCUCCGUCAGAGCCGAAACUGGCAGACCCAGGUCCUGGAAGAGGAGGCUGCAGCUGCCCUGCAAGAUGUUCCAGAUCCUGAGCCUUCCAGCCUGGAUGAUGUUUUUCAAGAUGGGAAUCCAAUCAAUAAGAUCGAAGACUGGCUGCAGGAUUGUGGAGAUCCUGAAGAAGGAUUUUCUGAAGAAGCAGGACAGUCAAUCUGCAAUGGGUGCUCCAGUCAUGGGACCAGCUUUGAAGAUGAUUUGACCCUCGGAGCAGAGGCCACUCUGCUGGCCGCCAAUGGCAAACUCUUCUCCAGCUCUGAUCUCUGCAGGAGUUUCCUUGAGACAACCAGACCUUGCCAGCUCCUUGAUCUUGGCUGUAGUUUGGCUUCCAGUAGCAUGACUGGUGGGACCAACAAGACUAGUUCCAGCAUCUCAGAGAUUUUGGACAAGGUGCAGGAAGAUGCAGAAGAUGUCCUCUUCAGUCUGGGCUUUGGCCAAGAAGACCAUAAAGAUCCUUCUCGAAUUCCUGCUCGAUUUUUCACCACCCCCUCUCAGGCAAAAGGCAUUGAUUUCCAGCUCUUCCUGAAGGCUCAGGUGCGGAGGAUUGAGAUGGAGGAUCCCUGCCUCAUGUUGGCCAGCAGGUUUAAGCAGGUGCAAACACUGGCUGUCACUGCUGAUGCCUUCUUCUGUCUCUACUCCUAUGUGUCUAAGACACCUGUCCAAAAGUUCACACCAUCCCACAUGUUCUGGAACUACAACCCAACUGAUGUGCCGUCCAUCAGGAUACUGACCCCAGAGCCUGAACCUCACUCACCCAGAGAACGCCUACGGAAAGCUAUCUCCAAAAUGUGCCUGUACACAUGUCCUCGAGAUCGGCUGUUACCACCCCACACCCCCAAAAGGAACAGUUUGGACCAAGUGGUAUGGGAAGUGAUUGACAGAGUAAGAGGAGAGAAGUUGGUCCUCCAGCAAGACUCUGAGUUUGAGCAAGGCUCACAGGAAGACCCUGUUCUUCUCACUGAAAGUUCAAAGCUGCCUAGUUCUCCCUGUCCAUGUAUCCUCUGCUCUAAAGAGGAAACACAGCAGGGAAUGUCCACAGUGCAAGCACCAUCACAGACUCUGGAUUCUUAUCACAAGGUACCCUGUUGCACACAUUCUCUGCCCAGAACAGAUUCACAAUGGCGCACAGAUCCUGCACAGAAAGGGGGAGAGCUGUGGGAUCUACCAGCCACCAGUAGGGUAGGCCAUUCAGCCAAGGAAGAGACUUCCUGGAAAAAAAAGAGCAGAGCAAGAAAGAGCCUAUUCCAAAAGAAUCUGACAGAUAGGAAGUUUAACUCACUGGACCUGUCGAUUGUUCAGCAAAAAUGGAAACAGAGCAUACAUAGACCAGAACUCCAUCGAUCUCUAACUCAGCAGUUACCGGACUCUUUUGACUUGGAGGAGGUGCAAAGCAACACUGAGAAGGAAGAGAGUCACUGGCCAAGCACACCCAGACACCCCCACCUCUACCAGACGUUUGCUGGCAAAGAGUCAAAGGGUUUUCUCCACCACCACAACAGCAAUUGCUCUGACAGCAGUGGCUUCAUAGAAGAGCCUAAUUCCCACCUCUUCUCACAGGAAAUUACAUUGCCCUCAACCUCCAGCUCCUGUUUCUUGACUCUCCAAACCCCUGAAUGCAGUAGGAGAAAAGAAACAUGGUACACUGGAAAGACAAGACUGAGAGGCUUUGAGUAUACAUCCUAAUGGCGUCACAGACUGUAAGCACGAGAAAGACAUUAGGCACAUCAUUUCACUUCUCUACCAUGUGGAUAUUUGAAUGCAUGAUAUGGAUGGUGGUAAACUGGACAGACAUUUCAUUUUCUCCCAAGUUUUAAUAUCAGCCAGGACGCAUAAGGUAUUUAAUUGUUUUUAAGUUUGGGGAACAAGGGUUGAUACUGGAAUGUUCUCAGUAGUCUCAAGGUAAGAGAGGAAGGACAAAUUGCACUUUUUAGCUCUAAAUCUCUGGUGCAACCAUUGGUGGAAUUCCUUCAACUUACAUCAUGUGCUCCUAAUUAAAUUCCAGAAAAUCUUCCACAAUACCAGAGUCUUGAAGCCUUCCCCCUAAACCAAACUUCUCUCUCUACCUAACAUUUUGUAUCUUCAUUAAAAAAAGAGAUAAGUGGGAUUCAAAGUACCCCUUUUGGCUAUGACAAAAUAAUUACAAUAUUUUAUGGGACCAACAGAUGGCAUAAUGGUUACGUCACUGGAUUCCCACAUAGUUGACCACAGGUAUAGUUCUGGAUCCAGCAGCUUAAAAUUCACAUGGGG